AUGGUUGAAAGCCAGAAACGAAAGAGAGCUGAGUCUGAAGACGGUGCCGGGGACAAGAAGUCUCUUCUUUCUAAGAGUGCCGAAAUCUCGUUUCCUAGAGGAGGCGGAUCGGUGCUGACCCCGUUGGAGGUCAAGGAGGUGGCCAACGAAGCCGUUCAGGACGCUUUACUUGAGUCCAAGCAAACAAAACGCUCCAAGAAGGCCAAGAUCGCUAAAGUUGUUGAUGUGCCAGAGGAAUCGAUCAGUAUUGAUCACGUCAGCUUCAAAAACCUUAUUCCAGGGAGUUUGGUUCUGGGUAAAGUGAAGCAAAUUAACCGCAUGGAACUUGUUCUUUCAUUGACUGAAAAUUUGGACGGAUACAUUCCCAUCACGAACAUCAGCGCUGAGCUGACCGCACAACUGCAGGAAUAUGAAGAUGAGCAGGACCAAUCUGAAGAGGAGCCGGAGCAAGGCGAGGGUGAAGACACCAUUGUCAAUGGUGCCUUGCCUACGAAGAAAAUACCAUUCCCGCAGCUGAGCUCAAGAUUCGAGGUCGGACAAUGGCUCAGGGCCAUUGUUGUGGAGAGUUCCAAGAGCAAGAAGAAGCGUUUGGAAUUGAGCGUCGACCCCGUCAAGGUGAACCAGGCCAUGGAAAACGACGAUUUGGUGGUGAACACCUUGAUCCAGGCUUCUGUGAAAUCCAUUGAAGACCACGGUUUGAUCUUGAGUUUCAGUAAAGACAAGGUGGGGGGCUUUAUUUCGAAAAAGAGUCUUUCUGGUCCAGUGGACGUUGGAUCGGUAAUUCUUGUCGCUGUUGCCAAAAAAGACGGCAGAACGCUUGUUUGUGGCCCAGUCUCUAAGUUCGCUUCCGUUCAAACAAUCUCCUCUGUGGAUGCCAUCUUGCCCGGCAUGGGUGUUGAUGCGCUCGUGAAGGAGACAACCAAGGAAGGUCUUGUGUGCAAACUCUUUGGAGUUGCAGAUGCAACCAUUCCUCUUGUGCAUUUGGGCAAGUUCGAGUACUCAGAGCUGAAGAACUCGUUUGCUGUUGGAAGCAAGGUCAAAGCCAGAGUCAUCGUGUCAUACUUGAAGGCCGGUGAUAGAAGAUUUAUUGUUUCGAUUCUGCCGCACAUCAAAUCGCUUGCAUUAAACACCUUUGAAGACGGAACAGCUCUAGAGGCUUUCCCAAUCGGCCAUGUUUUCGAAUCCGUCACUAUUAAGGGCAAAGAUUCCAGCUUCAUCUACGUGGACGUUGGAAGCAGAUUUGCUAUCGGACAGGCCCACAUCACCAGGGUCAGCGACAAUAAAGAUUUGGACAUGGAUUUCAAAAUCGGCUCCACCCACCAAGCAAGAGUGUUGGGAUUCUCUGCCACUGAUAACACAUACAUUUUGACACUCGACAAGCAGCAAAUAGAGCGCAAAUUCUUGCGAGUCGAGGACAUCCCUGCUGGUGAGCUCGUCGACUGUGAAGUGCGUUCAGUCGAUGCCGACAAAGGUAUUGUUGUCAAGUUCGAAAACGAGUUCGAAGGAAUUGUGCCACCAGUGUACAUGAGCGACGUGAAACUAAUAUAUCCAGAGAGAAAGUUCAAAAUCGGAUCCCAUAUCAAGGGACGAGUCCUGCGCAUCAUCAACCAUGGAGGAAAAGCUCGUAUAGAAGUGACUUUGAAGAAGUCUCUUGUCAACAUUGAUGACGAAGACGUUGUCUCGGACAUUAAAAACGUCCAAGUUGGACAGAAAACAUUUGCAACCAUCGAGAAGAUUCUUCCAAGUGGCUGUGUGGUGAGAUUUUUUGGUUUCGUGAAGGCAUUCCUGCCCAACUCUGAGAUCAGUGAGACGUUUGUCAAGCGUGCUGAGGAUCAUGUGAAACUCGGCCAGACCAUUCGGGUUCGUGUUCUGAGUGUUGACCCAGAAAAUAAUAAACUCAAGGUCAGUUGCAGAGUCUCUGAGGCAUUGUCUGAUGGUCAGAAGCAGGUGCUUAACACAAUUGUCCCUGGAAGAUCGAUUGUGGAUGUCCAAGUGGUGGAAAAGGAGAAAGACUCUGUCAUCGUUGAACUUACCGAAUCAGGAUUACGUGGUGUGAUCUACGCCGGUCAUCUUGGUGACGGCAACUAUGAGCAGUCGCGUGCCCAGCUCAAAAGAUUAGAGAUCGGUGCUCAACUCACAACUCUUGUUCUUGAGAAAGACGUGCGAUCUCGUGUGGUCAAGCUGAGUGCAAAGUCUACUUUGAUUGAAGACGCCCAGAACGAGAAACUGCCAAUUUCUUACAAAGACAUUGAGAUCAACAACGAGUCGUUGCAUGGAUACGUCAAGUCUGUUACUGCCAACGGAGUUUUCGUCAGUUUCGGUAACGGUCUUACUGGACUGGUUCUUCCACGUUAUGCUGUUGAGAAGUCUGGUGACGAUAUCCAGAAGAUGUUUGUCACCAACCAGUCCAUCACCUGUCAUGUGAUCAGAGUUGACGACGCUAACAAACGAUUCCUGCUGUCUUUGAAAAAACAGGCCAGCAAAUCGUCUGAGCCAGCUGUCAACCCUGUUGACGAGUCGAUCAAGCUUCUGGAUGACUACUCUCUCGGUAAGGUCACCAAGGCAAAGAUCCGGUCUGUUAAGAGCACUCAACUGAACGUCCAGUUGUCCGAUAAUCUGCAAGGAAGAAUCGAUGUCAGCGAGCUGUUCGAUAAAGUUAGCGAUAUCAAGGACCAAAAGAAGCCUCUUUCUCAAUUCCAGCCAGGUGAUGUUCUGGAUGUCAAGGUCAUUGGCUACCACGACUCCAGAAACCACCGUUUCCUGCCAAUCAGUCACAAACGCACAAACCAGACUGUGUUGGAGCUCAGCGCAAAGAAGAGUGCAUUGAAAUCCUCCAAGCCGGUUGUUCCGACCUCCAUUGGUGAUCUGCAUCUGGAUGACGAGAUCGUUGGAUACAUCAACAACUUUGCCAGAGGAUUUGUCUGGGUCACUAUCUCGCCAAACCUUAAGGGCCGUAUCUCUCUUAUGGAUCUGUCUGACGAUGCCUCCAAGUUCGAGAACCUCGAGAAAGAGUACCCAAUUGGAAGCGUUCUGAAUGUCAAGGUCAUUGGACUGGACACUGAACACAACUCUUUGAGUUUGAGUUCUAGAUCCAAUGUGAUUUCCUCAUUGGCAGAUGUCAAGGUUGGAACCGUUAUCCCAGCAAAGGUCACCAAGACCAGAGAAAGUUAUGUGGUUGUUGAGCUUGGAAAACAAGUGUCUGCCAUUUCUUUCAUCACAGAUGCAUUGAACGACUACACCGACAAGUUGGACGACAUCUUCUCGACAAAUGAUAUCUGCGCAGCCACCGUCUUGGAAGUUGACAACUCUAACAAGAAGGUGUACGUUUCGCUGCGUACAAAGGACUCCAAGAACAAGAGAAUUGGAUCCUAUUCUGAUGUUGCUCCAGGUGACGUCGUCCGUGGAUUUGUCAAGAACGUCGCAAACAAUGGACUCUAUGUUGCCUUGGGAAGAACAGUCCAUGCUUUGGUGCGUGUUGCUGAUCUUUCUGACUCUUAUUUGAAAGAAUGGAAGCACUUUUACCAAGUGCACCAGCCUGUGCUGGGUAAGAUCAUCAAAGCCGAUGGUGAGAACCAGAUUUUGAUGACGUUGAAGAGCAGUGAGGUGAAUGGAGAUACAGACUUGCUCAAACGGUUUGAUCAGAUCCAAAAGGACGAGAUCUACGAAGGAAGCGUCAGAAGAGCCACCGAGUUUGGUGUGUUUGUCAACCUGGACGGAACGCUCAACGUCUCUGGAUUGUGCCACCAUUCUCAAAUUGCAAACCAGCCUGUCACCAAUGUUGAGUCUCUGUUCAAUGAGGGAGAUCGUGUCAAGGUCAAGAUUUUGGCAGUCGACCUCGAGAAGAAACAGCUUUCUCUGGGUAUGAAAGCUUCGUACUUCACUGAUGAGAUUGAAGACCAACCAGUGGAAGAGGACGAAGAUGAAGUCAUGUCUGACGACAGCGUCAUUGACAACGCUUAUGGUCAAGAUUCUCAAAGUGAGGACGAAUCCGAUUUCUCUGACAGUUCUGAGGAUGCUGCUACGGAUGGUCUUUCUGCUGGCUUUGACUGGACUGCUUCUAUUUUGGACCAGGCAAAGGAGGAAGACUCCGAUGACGACGAGCUGGACAAGCCUAAGAAGAAGAGACGGAAGGUUGUUGCCGAGGACCAGACCGGGGACCUCGACAGCCGUGCUCCACAAUCUGUGGGUGAUUUCGAAAGACUUCUUGUUGGUAACCCUGACUCUUCAAUCUUGUGGAUGAACUACAUGUCGUUCCAGAUUCAAAUCAGUGAGAUCGAAAAGGCACGCGAGAUCGGUGAGCGUGCUUUGAAGACCAUCAACUAUAGAGAGGAGCAAGAGAAGCUCAAUAUCUGGAUUGCAUUGUUGAACUUGGAGAACAUGUUCGGUACCGACGAAUCAUUGGAAGCCACGUUCAAACGUUCAUGUCAAUACAUGGACCCGUACGUGAUGUACCAGAAAUUGGCUGCCAUCUAUAUUGCAUCUGAGAAAUUCGAACAGGUUGACCAACUGUACACUAAUAUGUGCAAGAAGUUUGGAUCUCAGCACACUUCUGUUUGGGUUGCCUUUGGCUCUUUCCUCUUGCAACAACAAGAAAGCGAACGUGCAAGAGAGGUUCUUGUCAAGGCAUUGCAGGUUCUUACCAAACGGGACCAUGUGGAGGUUGUCAAAAAGUUCUCGCAAUUGGAGUUCAACAAGGGAGACCCAGAACACGGUCGUUCGUUAUUCGAGGGUCUUUUGUCCGACGUUCCUAAGAGAAUCGAUUUAUGGAACGUGUAUCUUGAUCAAGAAAUCAAGCUGGGAGAUAGAACCAAGGUUGAGGCCUUAUUUGAAAGAAUCGUGGCACGCAAGCUGACCCGGAAACAAGCCAAGUUCUUCUUUGGCAAAUGGUUGGAGUUUGAAGAAAAGCAGCAGGAUGAAAAGGCUUGUGACUAUGUCAAAGCCAAAGCUGUUGAAUUUGCUCAAGGUCUGUCUAAAGAAUAA